UGCCGGGGCUGUCAAUCAACAGACGCACGAGCUACUGCAGGUGCAAAGCUUGGUACUGGGCUAGGCGCUGCUGCUGUGAAGCCGAGGAUAAAACACAUAAUAUAAGGAACUCUCAGAGAGGCUUUAAUUCAACACAUUAUUUAGUGGCAAAGAUGGCGUCUGCUAAUGCCACAUACGGACAGAAGGAGUCCUCGGACCAGAACUUUGAUUAUAUGUUUAAAAUCCUCAUCAUUGGGAACAGCAGCGUAGGAAAGACCUCCUUUCUCUUCCGCUAUGCAGACGACUCUUUUACGCCAGCCUUUGUCAGCACAGUGGGCAUUGACUUUAAGGUCAAGACCAUCUACAGGAACGACAAGAGGAUAAAGCUGCAGAUCUGGGACACUGCUGGCCAAGAACGCUAUAGGACAAUCACCACAGCUUACUACAGGGGAGCCAUGGGCUUCAUCCUCAUGUAUGACAUCACAAAUGAAGAGUCUUUCAACGCUGUUCAAGACUGGUCCACACAAAUCAAGACAUAUUCGUGGGACAACGCCCAAGUCCUCCUGGUGGGGAAUAAGUGUGAUAUGGAGGAUGAACGAGUGGUGGCUGCAGAGAGAGGCCGGCAGCUCUCAGAACAACUCGGUUUCGAGUACUUUGAGGCGAGCGCUAAAGAUAACAUCAAUGUGAAGCAGACCUUCGAGCGGCUGGUGGACAUCAUCUGUGAAAGGAUGGCAGAGAGCCUGGACAACAACGACCCGACCAUCACUGGAGCCAAACAGGGGCCACAACUCACCGAGCAGCCUCAGAGGUCCAGUCAGGAUUGUGCUUGCUAAACAUAACCAUAUACACACAUGUACAACCGCUGUUUACUGUCCUGAAAACACUCGAGUUUACGUUUCUCAGUCUGGUUCUCACUUUUUCUUUCUCAUUUACAACUACAAGCAAAUGAAUCACUACCCAAACACUGCCAUACAGAGACACCACAUGGCUGCUUAGAUUCUUCACCCAUCUAGCUACAUCAAUAGCUCUACACCCUGAAGAACUGGGUUUUUACAGAGAUAUAGUCUGUAUAGUUUUGCUUAUUAUGAUGAUAGUGGCAGAGAGGUGAUGAGCAUUUAACAGAGGAACCAAGUUGUCUUUCUUUCUUAAACACUAUACUGUAUCAUAACAGAAAUACAAUAGACCAGGAAAAACUACCACUCAGUCAUUCCUUACUGACACAUCUGCAGGUUUUUAUAUAAAAUACUGUAAGAAAGAUAUUUAAGCGAAUCUUCAUUUCCAACCUCCCAUUUAAAAAAUAAUGCCUCAACUUAAAUGGAUCAGUUCCAAUGGUUUUAAACAGUGCUAUUUAAAAUUUACUGUAUGUUUGUUGCUGUAGAUAGAGGUGCUGUUUUUUUAGUGUUUUUGAAAUGGUUGCGUGUUGUUCUUAAGGAUGCUAAAUCUGGUCAUUCCUGAUGGUUGUGUUUGAGCUCCAGAUAGUUACGGUCCAAGUUUAAAGGUCAGUGUGCGAUAUUUAGCUUAAUUAAGAAGAACAAACCUGGAAAAGUAGGUCUGUCUUAAUUGGUCUUUGAUCACCUGAAUAUAUAGAAUUGUUUUAGACGGUUCCUCUGUGGUAAUGCAGAAGCAUGCAAGAUUUAAAAAAUCCAAGAUGGCGGCGCCCAUGGAGGGGACCCUCCCCCUUCCCCCCUUCUAAGUUAAUAUGGAAAAAACAUUUUUUCAUGACCAGGUGAUUAAACAUUGAUUUCCAGAGGCCUACAUAUGAAUAUUAUGUUACAUUUUUAGCAGGUUUGCUUUGCUAAAUGCUGUGAGGCUAAAUAUUACACUGUGACUUUAAUGUGCAAAGAGGGCAUUUAAAAUUUUCAAUCCUUUGAAAAACAAGAAAAAGAAGUCAUGCAUAUCAGAUCAAUAGUCAAGUUUGCCCUUUACCACAUUAGAUUAUUUUUCAUAUUUAAGUUUAUUUAAGAGGCAGUUUCAGCAGCUCAGUUAGUUGAGUGUGCAGAGCGACACAGCAUUGAUAUUUGUUUUUUUAUUUUUUUGUUACUUUUUUAAAAGACAAUGAAAAGAAGAAGAGUGCAUAAAUAUCUAAAAGUCAAUAGAUAUACAUUCUAAGAUGCAUAGAUAAUAUAUAUAAAUCAAUGAGUAAUACAUACAUAAUGAUUUAGAUUUUUUGAUUCCUAUCUGAGCUUAAGUGGGACAUGGAUGUUGUUUUCAACCACCUCUGGUUGACUGGAAGGUUAUAUGUAUGAGCUGUUUUCUGGAUUUAAACCCUGUCCGUCCGAUAGUGUCUCCUCUCAGAGGAACCAGGCAGAGUUGAAGGUUUCACAUGUGGAGCGUGUGGCCCCUUCUCAUUGUAUUAACUUUCAUUCACCACAUACAAUGUGAAACAUGCACUCACUAGAAUGGCAUGUGUGAGCACAUGUAUACCACAGAGCCACCAUCUCCAGAUAGCCUCUAUGCCAUGGUAGAAACUCUUUUAAUUUUUGUUAUUUUGGGGGGGGGGACAUGAUGUUUAUAAGCAUGUUAAAUGUCAAAAUGUGACUUUAAUUUCUCUCUCGGAUGCUACAGGUUUGUCUGCUUGUGUGUACAGAACCAAACCUCCUGUAUGUCUUGCAUCCACAGAUCAGCUGAGGCAUGCGACAGUACUCUCAAAAGUUAUUUUAAAAUGUAACCUAUUUAUUUUAUACUACUUAAUUUAUUUCUGAGAUAAUGUUCUUCGUAGAUGAUGCAUUACAAUCAGUACUCUGCUUUUUAAAGAGCUGUUCAACAGUAUUCAAUUGCUUAAACCAUCCCAGCUUUAAAAUGAAAAUGUGUUUGUGUUUACAGUAAAUAUAAAGCUUAAAAUGCUUCCUCAAGAGGAAAGUUUAACAUUCCAGAGUAAGAAUCUCUUAUCGUGUCAGCGCGGCUUUGGUGGGAAGCUUGUUUGUCUUUUGAUAUCAGUUGUGUAGCGCUUAAGACUCAGUAGGACUGUUCUCGCAGAGCAAUAGAAGUUUUUCUCUCCACACCCAGAAAUCAGCAACAUAAAACUCUGCUGAAGUUUUUGAGCUUGGGUGUGUGAAUGUACAGUUUGUAUAAAGGCUGUAUCUUUAAUUUUUCUUCCCAAAGAGAUCCCGACAACAAAUCUAGAGCCAAAAAGGGGCAUGUUUUCCUGUCAAUGUUUGCUCGAAUUGCACUAAAAUAAAUGUAUAGUAGUUUUCCUACUCUGCAGAGGCUUCAUAAAGGGAAAAUGUUUAGGAAGUAAACUGAAUACUCUGAACACUUCAUUAAAAUAGUUAUUCUUGAAGCAUUGUUUCACUUUUGACUUAUUUGUUGAUUUUUUUUUUUUUUUGUUGUUACUUUGUGUUUUGCUACAGCUGUAAACUUUCCUGUGACUUAGAAACACGUAUCAGUCCUGUUCAAUCCUCUUCGUCAGAAACAACCUUUGUAAAUAGGAAUUUCUUCCCCUGUCGGGUAUUUAGUUGUGUGAAUUGUGCUGUACUUCUGUAAUGCCAGAUUUGCUAAAAGAAGGAAUCAAUAAACUGU